AUGCCAGAAAACAGUUCACGCCAUAGAAAUGGAGGCUCCCAGAAAUCUAUAAAGCCAUGUCGCCCCUCUGGCCGUUCCAAGUCGGAUCUGCUCCUAUCCGGACCCAUCUCGAAAUUCAAGAUGGGCGCCGAGCAGUCAAUCCCCUCCGCUUCGUCCCCCUCUUCUCGCCGCCAUUCCGGUUCUUCUCACUCGUCUCACUCGGCUCACUCGGCUCAGUCUGCUCACUCCGCUCACUCGCCUCCUGCUGCUCCGUCUCUUACCCGCUCCGACGCUGUCCGCCACCAUACGCCUCCGGCUCCUGCGUGUGGCUCCCACCGUGAGUACCUCAUGCUCCGGGAACAACUACUCCAGAUGGCCUACAACGAACCGAUCAACGCCGACUCCGACAUCUUUGGUGAUAACCACGGCUACGCUGCCCGUUUCUCGUCGCCUGUCUCGGUCUGCCCCUGCAACCACUACUCCAACAGUAAGUCUUACAUCCCCAUCUCUGCCUGCACUUGUGACUAUAGUACUGGUGGUCCCUCCCCUUUCCCGCCCCGGCUCUCCCGUACUCGUGCUCUCCGCUCUUCUGCCAGCCCCUCGGCCCGCCCUGGCUCUCGCCGUGAUAUGAUGCUUCGGGAUGCUAACCCAAUCAGUGAUCCUCCUGUUUAUCUCCCGGACGACUUCUAUUCUGAGGCGACGCCGUCUUCUCCCUCCGUGGCACCUCCCUCGCCUACAUUCUUACCGCCUUUCAUGGUCUCGUUCGAUGACAUCGUGGACAUGGGCUACCCGGUCCCCAUCGAUCCGUCGCCGGCUCUUCAGUACCUGGUGAAGCCCAAGACACCCAACAGCCGUCCGGUCAAGAGUCGUUUCCGCGAGGAGUUUUAA